AGAAAGAAACCAGAAACUUCAGUCUGGGUUUGGUUUGUGUAGAGUUCAGGGGGCCCAAAUCGGCCAGAAUAUCACUAAAACGAUGGGAUUUUCACGAUCGGAGAUCAUCUCGCUCGUGUUGGCGAGCAUCGUGCUGGGCGUGCUCCCCCUACGGGACCCCGUGACGGGAUACGAGCGGGAGAGGGUCGUGUGCCCCGCCAAGAGCACCGUAUGGGGCCCCGGCCUUGAGACAAAUUUCGUGGUCCCGGCGCGAUGGUUUUACAUCCAGGCCACAGAUACCGCCGGCGAGAACUUCACCUACUCUCCCGGAGACAAGGCGUUCAGGGUGAGUAUCACGUCCACUAGCGGCGGCAGGGCCCGCGUCUGGGUGCAGAAACUGGACCGGCAAGACGGGACUUUUAUCGUAAGGUACAGAAUGUUCGAUAGUUACGACGGGCUGAAAAUUGAAGUGUUUAGCGGGGACGAACCGGUGGCGGACUCCCCAUACCUCCUCCCCGGCCGCGUUUACCACGAGAACUGCUACUGUCCUCAACAGGACCACCAGAAGUGGGAAGCCGACAUGCAGUGUCCCUCUGCCUUUCCCCAAAUCGAACGUGAUCUCGAAAUAUUCCCCAAGAUUGAUCUAAACCGGCUCUCCAAGGAAGCUGUAGAGCGGUUUGGCACCCAUCACAGCCUGUGUCACUACACGGUUAAGGACGGCAAGAUCUACCGGAAGUGUCACGGACAACACACCGGCUUUAAGAUGUUCAUGGACUCCACGUUGCACUCGCUAACACGGAAAGUACGGAUCCCGGAUAUCGAGUUUUUCGUGAACCUCGGGGACUGGCCGCUGGAGAAGAGACCGGCCAAGGACGGACCUCUCCCGAUCCUGUCGUGGUGCGGGUCGGAUGAAACACGGGAUAUCGUCAUGCCAACCUACGAUCUGACAGAGUCCACGUUAGAGACCAUGGGGAGGGUUAGCCUGGACAUGCUGUCGGUACAGGGAAACACCGGCCCUCGGUGGGUGAACAAGACCGAACAGGCGCUGUGGCGGGGCCGGGACAGCCGCCGGGAAAGGCUCAACCUUGUGGACCUCGGCCGCAAAUACCCCGACCUCAUCGACGCCGCCCUCACCAACUUCUUCUUCUUCCGCGACGAGGAGGCCAAGUACGGACCGAAGGUGCAGCACAUCUCCUUCUUCGACUUCUUCAAGUACAAGUACCAGCUGAACAUAGACGGUACAGUCGCCGCGUACCGCCUCCCGUACCUUCUCGCCGGGGAUAGCGCCGUUUUCAAACACGAGUCCGUGUACUACGAACACUUCUACAAGGACCUGGAGCCGUACGUGCACUACAUUCCCUUCAGGAAGGAUCUGACAGACUUGGUCCCGAAGAUACGAUGGGCGAAGAGGAACGACGACGACGCCCGACAGAUUGCCGAGAACGGACGCGACUACGCGAGGAAGAACCUACUGGCUAACAGCAUCUUCUGCUACUACGAGAGGCUGUUCCGAGAGUACGCGAGCCGGCAGGCGGACAAGCCGCAGGUGCGAGAGGGGAUGGAGGAGGUCCCGCAGCCGACAGAGACCGCCUGUUCGCUCUGCGACAGGAUCGGACAACAAACACGAGGAGCUCUGGCCGGUGGUGACUUAGAAAAGAACAUUUACACCAAAUAAGGCUACAGAAGGGCACUUAAACAUUUAAAGGGUGAUAGCUUCUCUUGCACAGGUGCCAGCUGUCUUUCUUUAAGUCUCUAACACCUCUUGAAGACAGACGCUACUAGCUACCACCCAAAGACAGCCUUGUAGAGAAAGCAUUCCUUAAAAUUUGCACAUAUCGUUAUUAUAUUAUAUCUAUUUACGAGUAAAAGGUAUACACCGCUUCAAAGCAUUCCAAAGAUAUGUAGCUUAUAAUGUAGCUUCGCAAUAUAUCAUCAAAUGGUAGCAUUUUUAUUGUUUCCAUAUGUAUUGGUACAUAUGUUACGCGUCUUUAGCUGAUCAGUGGAUGUAACUUUACCCACCCAGACGACAGGUUAAUUUGACAGGGCAGGGCGGUAGACUGGUGGUCUUGUUUAGUACAGGGCGGGUGGGUCGUUCUCAAUGGAGCUUGAACUGCGGUGAAUAUAAACACUGUUUAGUAGCUGUCACUUGUUGGGUACAUCGUAUGGUGCAGAUAAGGUAUUUCCUGAAGAUGGAAAAAAUGUGGAACGAUAAUCAGCAGAUAUUUUUACUUACGUUCAGUGGAAUUGUAUUAUGAAUGUUUUAUUGUUUCAAUUCACCAAUGUAAUAUUGGGAUAAAUUGCUGUCUCAAUAUGCAGUAAUUUGAGUCUAAUAUACUUAAUUAUUUCAAAGUCAAAUGAUAGCAAGUAGGACAAGAAACAGUACGUUGGUCAGAUAUUCUGCCCUUACAUCUAGGCCUGUAGGCCUGUUCGAAUGAACUGUUUAUAGAAAUAUUUUUACUUCAUAGUUCCAGGAUGUGUAUGACACGACUGCUGUUAGUCGAGCCAACACAAAUAUUUGUGUUUGUAGACACCAGAAAUCAGUUCUUUAAAUAGAAUGGACAUGUUCGACCAACACUCAAUGGUGACUUUGUAUUUUUUUAUAACGUCUUCAAAAUACACAAGGCAAAACAGGCUCUGCAGGUUACAAAAUG